AUGGCGGGCCGCGGCCGCCGCGCCUGGCUCAGCGUCCUGCUGGGGCUGGUGCUGGGCUUCGUGCUCGCCUCGCGCCUCGUCCUGCCCCGCGCCUCCGAGCUGGCGGCGGCGGCGCGGCCCCGCCGAGCCCGCCCGCAGGGCUGCCGCCAGCCGCCCGCCGCCGCCCCGCCGCGCCGCCCCGGCCCGCCGGCCCAGAGCUUCCUUUUCGUGGGGGUCAUGACGGCGCAGAAGUACCUGCGGAGUCGCGCCGUGGCUGCCCACCGAACGUGGUCCAAAAGCAUUCCUGGCAAGGUCGAAUUCUUCUCCAGCGAGGGUUCGGACACCUCUAUUCCCAUCCCCAUCGUGCCGCUUCCAGGCGUAGAUGACACUUACCCACCCCAGAAGAAGUCUUUUAUGAUGCUCAAAUACAUGCAUGACCACUACUUGGACAAAUACGAAUGGUUUAUGAGAGCUGAUGAUGACGUUUACAUCAAAGGGGACAAACUGGAGAACUUCCUCAGGAGCCUGAACAGCAGCGAGCCCCUCUUUCUCGGGCAGACUGGCCUCGGCACCACGGAGGAGAUGGGGAAGCUGGCGCUGGAACCGGGUGAGAACUUCUGCAUGGGGGGACCAGGAGUGAUCAUGAGCCGGGAAGUCCUGAGGAGAAUGGUGCCCCACAUUGGCGAGUGCCUGCGAGAGAUGUACACCACCCACGAGGACGUGGAAGUGGGAAGAUGCGUGCGGAGGUUUGCGGGAGUGCAGUGUGUGUGGUCCUACGAGAUGCAGCAGCUGUUCUACGAGAACUACGAGCAGAACAAAAAAGGUUACAUCCGAGACCUGAGGAACAGCAAAAUACACAGAGCUAUAACCCUGCACCCCAAUAAGAACCCCCCCUACCAGUACAGGCUUCACAGCUACAUGUUGAGCCGCAAGAUCGCGGAGCUGCGCCACCGGACCGUGCAGCUGCACCGGGAAAUUGUCCUGAUGAGCAAGUACAGCAACACAGAAAUCCACAAGGAUGACCUGCAGCUGGGGAUGCCGCCCUCCUUCAUGCGAUUCCAGCCCCGCCACCGGGAGGAAAUCUUGGAGUGGGAGUUUCUGACCGGGAAGUAUCUGUAUUCGGGUGCCGACGGGCAGCCCCCCCGCCGAGGAAUGGACUCUUCUCAGCGCGAGGCGCUGGACGACAUCGUUAUGCAGGUGAUGGAAAUGAUCAACGCCAACGCCAAGACACGGGGGAGGAUCAUCGAUUUCAAGGAGAUCCAGUACGGCUACCGCAGAGUGAACCCCAUGUACGGCGCCGAGUACGUGCUCGACUUGCUGCUGCUCUACAAAAAGCAUAAGGGGAAGAAGAUGACCGUCCCCGUCAGGAGGCACGCCUACCUGCAGCAGACCUUCAGCAAGAUCCAGUUCAUGGAGCACGAAGAGAUGGAUGCCAAAGAGCUGGCCAGCAGAAUCAACCAGGAGUCUGGAUCCUUGUCUUUCCUCUCCAACUCGCUGAAGAUGUUUGUGCCCUUCCAGCUUAGCAGAUCAAAAGCGGAGAGGAAGGAACUCAAAGACAAGAAGAUCAACAUCCUGAUUCCUCUCUCUGGGCGUUUUGACAUGUUUGCAAGGUUCAUGGUGAACUUUGAAAAGACGUGCCUCAUCCCAAACCAGAAUGUCAAGCUGGUGGUGCUGCUCUUCAAUUCCAACUCCAACCCCGACAAGGCGAAGCAGAUCGAGCUGAUGAGAGAUUACCGCUCCAAGUACCCCAAGGCUGACAUGCAGGUGCUACCCGUGUCGGGGGAGUUCUCCAGGGCACUGGCUCUGGAAGUUGGAUCUUCUCAGUUCCAAAAUGAAUCUUUACUGUUCUUCUGUGAUGUUGACUUAGUGUUUACCACAGAAUUCCUCCAGCGGUGUAGAGCCAAUACGGUUUUGGGUCAGCAAGUAUACUUCCCCAUCAUUUUUAGCCAGUAUGAUCCAAAGAUUGUUUAUAGUGGAAAAGUUCCUAGUGACAAUCAUUUUGCCUUCACCCAGAAAACAGGUUUCUGGAGGAACUAUGGCUUUGGUAUCACCUGUAUUUACAAAGGUGAUCUCCUUCGAGCCGGCGGCUUUGACGUCUCCAUCCAAGGCUGGGGCCUCGAAGACGUCGACCUAUUUAACAAAGUCAUUCAAGCUGGCUUAAAAACUUUCCGAAGCCAAGAGAUUGGAGUAGUCCAUGUGCACCACCCUGUCUUUUGUGACCCUAACCUUGAUCCAAAACAAUAUAAAAUGUGCUUGGGGUCCAAAGCUUCAACUUAUGGGUCCACGCAGCAGUUGGCUGAAAUCUGGUUUGAAAAAAACGACCCCAAUUUUGGGAAAAGCAGCAAUACUAAUGGCUCAGUGAGGACAGCCUAAUGUCCAGCCAUGCUGGCAAAGACCUUUUCUUUUCUUUUUUCUUUUCUUGUCUUUUCUUUUCUUUCUUUUUUUUUUUUUUUUUAAUUAUCUAAUUUAUUUUUUGGGAAAAUGUUUUUUGAUAAUUCACUUUUGAAAAGACCAGACAGGAUCUAUUUUAGGAAUCGUCGUCGUUUUCUUACCAAGCGCUCCUUUUGAGAAGAACAAAGGCCCUUGGGGUUUAUCUUUUGUUGUCGUCGUCGCUGUCCUUGUGUUCUUGGUUUUUGAACAAAAAACUGUGAUCAGUAUUUGCCUUCAAAUGAAAAAACAGAUGAAUUGUUUAAAUAAGAGUUGUCUUGACCCAUCAGCGGAGACAUGACUUGAAUUACAAUUUCCUUAACGAACAAAAAAAAGGUUGUUCCCUACCUAUCCCCGUUGCUGUCCUCGUUGCUGGAAUGCUGUAAGCUGGGACUGGAGCCUGCCAGCCAGGGUGUGUGUUGAGUGUUAGGUGGUGGUGGUGGUCACCACGCAAAGAUUCUGCCUCUUUGGUUAAAGGGUGGCCCAGGGUGUUUUAAAUUGUGUUAGAAGAGGACAGGUCAGCAUGGGGAUGAUCAGGGCAGUAACCACAGGAGGGUUUUAGCAGAAGGGUGAUGAUUUUAGUUUCAAAAUACACUUCCACUUUCUCUGGCCAGGGGACUUCAAGGGAGGGAUGGAAGUAAGCACAACCUGCUCGCUUGUUACUCCUUGUAGAAGCUGUUGUCUUUUCUGUUCGGUCCACGUGCAGACGCCAUGCUUGAGGAACCCCAUGGUGGGUUCUUUGUGUUGUCCUCGAGUGCUGCCCUGUCCAGAGCUGAGCUGAUGCCACCAAUGACCACCAAAGCACCACGAGGAAGGGGAAGAGGAUGGGAAACGUGGUUCUCUUCCAGCAACAAACAAUUGGUGUGAUCCCUAAGGAGAACUUGGAGAAACCUUCUGCACUGAGCGUCCUGCGCCUAACGGCGUUGAGUUUGUUGCGUCGGUGACGUGAGGUUCAUGGGAACAAUUUACUACAUCAGAUUAGUAGUUUUGUUUUGGGAUUUUUGUUUGUUUGUUGUUUGGGUUUUUUUUUUUUUUCCUGUAUCUGAUAGACCUUUAAUUUAUUUAAUAUCCAUUGUUUUAGGUUCUCAACCUUUCCUUGAAUAUCUGUUAGUCAUUUUAAUAUUUUAUAUAUAUAUAUAUAUAUAUAUGUGUGUGUAAAUAUAUAUAUAUAUAUUAGGAAUGUAUUGCAUCUUCUCACUGGUAAGGUAGUGUACAUCAUACUGCAGUAAAUGAUCUCCAAAGAUUACUUUCUACAAUAUUUUUUCAUGGAUCUCUUUUUUUCCUUCCCCACCUCCUCACCCCCCUGCUCCCACAACAAAAAAAUUCUUUGUAACUUUAUCUUUUUGGUUCAAUGACAUCAAUCAGCUUAAGAAACUUUUUUUUUUUGGUAUCCUACAAGGAAGUGGGGAUGGGGAAGCUGAACACAAGGAAAGUCUGAUCCCUGUGAAUGAACACCUAGCAAGGUAAGAGAAAAUCCACAAAUUAAAGUGCCUUAAAAAGCCAGAAAGGGAACCCCUUUGCCCUGAGACUUAAGACAGCGAAUGGUGAGUGAAGCAGCCGCUCUCUUUGGGACCUGCCUACCUGUAAAUAUCUCCCUCAGCAGACACAAACCAGAAGAACCAGCCAACGAUCUAUUUUUCUAUCGUUAACCCCUCCAGCACCAUUUCGUCUCAUUGCUCUCAGUUCCACUUUGCCUACUCUUUGGGAAGUGGAGACCAGUGAAGGAAGGGAGGAAAACUGCUGCGUAGGUCAUUGCUGUGUUGGAAGGGAUCUUAUGGAGUAAUUGCUAUUCCAGUGGGAGAAAUAACCUUUGGUGACACGUCUAUGGAAUAGGAACUGCAGCUAGCGUAGAGUCGAUGUCUUAUAAUGUUCAUCGUUGUUUUUGGUGACAGUCCCAAGGAUGUAGGUACUUGGAUGGAUUCAGUGCAUGGAAAAUCUCUCUUCUCUCUUUCUUUCCUUCCCUGCCCCCCCUUUUUUUUUUCCUCUUUUUUUUAAAAGACUUGGCUUCUAAGAUGCAAUAAAGAUUUUUUUAUUUGCAAUCAGA